CGGGUUAGGCUCCGGCUCUCUGCGACCCCGUAUGGGAUAAGUGGUUUCAGAUGAUGCGUGUGGUGUGUCUUUGGUAAGUGAGGUUAGAUCAGUCUCUGGAUCUCUGCACCUUGCAGGUUCAGUAGCUUUACUCACAAAGAAGCGUCUCACCACUGAAUGAUAUUUAUGUGCGUACAUAUUCAGUCCAUAUCAAUUUUGGAAAAUAUAACAAGGUGAAGGGGCAUGUUGAUUUGACAUUUCGUUCCCGUGGAGAACCUUGUGGAAUUGUAACAUCUGUAAACUGUCAGUUAAUUUCAUAAUCGAGAAUUGGCGCGAACGUGCCACGUGUGGCCUGUGGCGAAACGUCGAGCCUUUAGCAACGUCUUAUUGCUUCAGCUCUCACAUAAUGUCCUAACGAAUGAAAUGCGUCGCCGUGGGAAAUGGCAGCGUGACUUUGUGGGCACCUGCACGUCUCAGGAGUUCUUGUCCUUUGCUGCAUUCGCCUUCAAGAAGCGUUCAAAACCGGUGUGCUCAUAGGCACCGUCGCUCUUCCACCUGAACAGGUGAGCAGGGCGCUGAGUAACGUGAGCUAAAGAGAAGAAAAAUUUCUGCUGCAAUGGAAAACUCGGUGAACCCGGCAAACGGACAUUCGGUCCAUCGUACUGUAAAGAGCAAGGAGAGAGCGGAAAGUGAGAGCAACGGCAUCACCGCUUCCAGCCAAGAAGUGCAUGAAACAUGGAACAAUGCCUAUCUUCUCCUGCUCUGCAUCUUUCUUCCUGCGUUGUUGCUUCUCGUCCUGGAUGGAUGCCGGGCUCCUGCAGAACCCUGGUUCUUUUCUGGGGCUGGAAUGGCUCAGUUGUGGGACUGGGGGGCCCUGCAGCUGGUAGUGCUUUUUACUGUCCUCCAGGGGGCGCUAUACUACCUUCCUUUUGGCAAGGUGGCUGAAGGCAAAGUAGGACAUGGUGGGACGUGCAUAAAGUACUCCAUGAACGGCCUGCAUGCCCUAGUAGUCACAGUGCUACUCGUAGCGGGGCUUUGGCACCACGGCUCAUUUCAGGGGGCGGCAAUCAGCAGUCGGGUCCCACAGCUGGUGACCGCCAGCACUGCCGUCGCCCUGGUGCUCAGCAUAGCCGUGUACCUACGGUCCUUCACCGUCCUCCCUCAACAGCUUGUCAACUACGGGACCAAGGGUAACUUCCUGCAGGAGUUUGCUCUGGGCAGAGAGAUGGACCCAUCGGUGGGUAAGGUUGACCUGAAGCAGUUCAUGAUGGUCAGAAUUGGGUUCAUUGGAUGGACUCUGGUGGACAUCAGCUACCUGCUCGCAGAGAUCGAGACAAAGGGGUGGCCUACUGUACCCCUGCUCAUGGUGGUGACAUUUCACUUAGUUUACAUAUUGGAUUUCCUCAUUGAUGAGGAUACAGUUUUGCCUACAAAAGAAUACACAGAGGAUGGGAUCGGCUUUCUCAUGAUUCUUGGCGAGUAUAUAUGGAUUCCUUUCUACUCCAGCAUGCCGAUUUACUUUCUGCUUCACCGGCCAACUCAGAUCAGCCCACUGUCAGCUGUCCUGAUCUGCCUGAUGUUUGCAUUUGGCUUUGUUACCUAUUACAUGUCCAAUGAACAGAAGAGUGAGUUCCGUAAAAACCCAAACAAUCCCUCUUUAGCUCACCUGGAGACUAUUGCCAGCCCCUCUGGAAAGAAGCUGUUGGUGUCAGGCUGGUUUGGUUGGGUGCGUCACCCCAACUACCUUGGAGACAUCAUGAUGACCCUGGCCUGGUGCCUGCCUUGUGGGUUCACCAGCUUCCUCCCAUACCUGCCCGCCCUCCAAUGCACCAACCUGCUGCGUUUAAGGGCUGCGGAGAUUGAGGAGGCAUGCAGGAAGAGGCAUCGCGAGGCCUGGCAGGAGUACUGCCGCCGUGUGCCGUACCAACUGGUGCCAUAUGUGUACUGAGCUCCAGUAGAGCACUGUGGACUUCCAGCGGUUUAUGCCAAACAAUUGCUUUUGAUGUGACCUUAAUCGCAACCACAAAAAUGGGUUUUGCAUUUUAUUAUUUUUCAUUAAUGUGUGGGAGGCAUGUAAGAAUUUCAUUUUACUAUGUACGAAUCACAAAUUUGAUCUUGGAUACACAGUACACUCUUCCAAAAUGUCUAGUAAUGAGCCAUGCAAUUAUCUCUUCAUUAUUUUAUGUGGUUUUUUAAUCACAGAAAAUUGUUUUACUUCUCUUUUCUUUCCAGUCUCGGUAUUUCUCAGCCCUGGUUCUUCACUACCUCUGCCUAGGCUGUGUUAUAUGUAUUCUUUUAGAAAUACUUCAGGAGUAUUCAACAUGAUAAGAGGUGUGGCUUACAUUUUUCUUUAAAUUAAUAAUACACCAGUAACGAUUAAGCAAUUUAACUUUUCCAGUUGCAUGAUGAUAAAUCAAACAAUUACAUGUUACCCAGAAUCCAGCUAUGUACAAUAAACAUUUUCCCGCUCAGACACAAAGUAACG